CUGCCAGGUAGAAGCUACGAAACUAUUUAGAAUUCGGUCAAAGUGUCGCGUUCUGCGCUGCUCGCGCAUUGUAGUCUUGAAAAGUGCGCGUGCUCAGUGGCGGGUGUUUGGUCACGUGGUUCCUUCUAGCCAAUCAGACGCGCCGAAUCUCAUUUUAUUCGCGCAUUCAAAAAGUGCUCGUGCGGCCACGCGAGAACAUUCCAUCGACCCCCCCCCAAAAAAACACACACGCAUUCCAAAACUUUGGCAAAGGUGAAUAGUUUUUAAACCGCACCCGCAAUGGCUCAUAAACAGAUCUACUACUCCGAUAAAUACAACGACGACCUUUACGAGUACAGGCACGUUGUUUUGCCGCGGGAGUUGGCCAAGCAAGUCCCAAAGUCCCACCUGAUGUCUGAGGACGAGUGGAGGAGGCUCGGCGUGCAGCAGUCUCUCGGAUGGGUUCAUUACAUGAUUCACGAACCUGAACCUCACAUCCUGUUGUUUAGACGACCUCUUCCAAAGCAGCAAUGACCGUAAGACCCUCUGAUUCUCUGGAGCCUUCCUGCGGAUUAUUCUGGUAUUCAGUGAAUACUUGCGACCUUUAAAGAUUACGACAUCCUAUGCAUUUAGCUGGAUUUUUCUCAGCACCUACGCUCAGUAAGAGAAUCAAGACGAUUCGAAAGCAUAUUUCAGCGUGGAUUUUUUUUUUUUUGGUCAUAACGAUUCUGCCUUAAGUAAAAUGAUUUAAGUGUUCUUUGUAUCAUGGAAGUCACCGUUUUGUGACCUUGAAGAUGAGAGAGAAUUUUUUUUUUUAGUGAGUUGUAUUUCUAACACAGAUGUGUGGAUGAGGUGCAUGUUCGCCAGGUUGGGAAUAAUACGCUAGUCCUUGUCUUUUCAUAAUCGAUUGAUUUGACUUGUGAAGGGUGAAGUUCUUGAUGCCAAGCACUGCAGUGAAAAGAGACCUAAUGUUGGGGAGUAAAAACCUGCUGUAAUGUUGUAGGGAUUAAACUGUAAAUGUUGCCGUUUGUGGUGUACAAAACGUCGUACAAUCACCAAGGAGAUCGCAACGAGCAAUGUUUUGCUCUAGUUGUGCAAAAUAAUGUUAAUUUUAAGAUAAUGUUGCCUUUCAGUAAUGGACAAUGAUGCAUUUUUAUGUUGCCAAGCAAAAACUACCAUUGCGAAGCCAGCACGUGUUGUACAAUCUAAUAAAUAUAUAGCUUUUUCAUAUUGAAUGUUUUAUGUAGGAAAAUCUGUUGUUUGUGUUUUUUUUUUUUUUUUUUUUAACCAAUGUAAUUCCCUGUCACAGCAGCAGAUGGCGUUGUGGUGCCACAGAUGAUAUUGAGCUAAUAUGAGCUGUUACCAUCUGGGUUCACUUCAAAUGGACAUUAUGAAUUUUCUGUAAACCUCCAUUCCAGAUUUAUAAUUAAGGCCUAUUCACUUAGUUGGGGAAAAUGAUAUCCAGAUGUUGGUUUUUUUCCCCCUCCCCCCAAUCUUCAACUGUCCAGUUUUGGUGAGCCUGUGUACACUAUAGCCUCGGAUUCUUAGACAGGUGGGACUCGGCCUGGUCUUCUCGCUGUUGUUGCAGCCCAUCCACUUUGAGGUUUCUCCAUUCUGAGAUGCUUUUCUCUUCGCCACGGUUGUAAAGAGUUGUUAUUUGAGAGAGCUACCCUAGCUUUCCUGUCAGCUCAAGCUAGUCUGGCCAUUCUCCUCUGAUCUCAGUAAUCAAGAAAGUGUUUCCAUCUGCUGAACUCUGGAUGUUUUUUGUUUUUCGCACCAUUCUGUGUAAACUCAAAAUUUUUACACUUGAGCGUGUGGGGAAAAUCCCAGGAGAUCAACAGCGUAUGGACUACUCAGACAAGCUGGUCAGCGUCCGACACAAAGUCGACGAGUUCACGUCCCCCCCGUUCUGAUGUCGGCUGUGAACGUUAACUGAAGCCCUUGACCUGUAUCUGCAUGAUGAUACGCGUUGUGUUGCUGCCACAUGAUUGGGUGAUUAACAUAAGUAACUAAAAAUCUAAAGGAAGCACUCUUUACACUGAUUUGAUGUGCAUGAUGGUUAAGUGUCAAAACUUUUGCCUGUACGGUGUAUCGGCAUUGUACCAAAAUUGCCACACGUUUUGGCUUCUCCUUGUUAAUUAUCACCAUCACGCUUGUAAAUCCAUAUUCAAUAAACAUUUUGGCAUAUUUUUGGGUGCGUUUUCCAACA